CCGGCGCUCCCCGCCGCCCCGGCCCCGGGCCCUGCCACCUGGGAAGCGGCCGCAGCGGGAGCCGCCGCGGCGUCCAGGAUGUUCAGUGUAACCAAGGCCACGGAGAAGGCUCUGCUUCAGCACUUCAUAUACCAGAAGUUGGAGAUUGCCUAUGCCAUACACAAGCCCUUUCCGUUCUUCGAGGCCCUCCGAGACAACAAAUUCAUCACGGAGAGGGUGUACAGAGAAUCCCUGGAAGCCUGUGGAAAUCUGGUGCCCAUCUCCAGAGUGGUGCACAACGUUCUCACCAAACUGGAGAAGACUUUUGACUUGCCGCUUCUGAUGACACUGUUCAGCCAGAGUAACCUGCGUGAAUAUCCCGAUCUCAUGGUCAUUUUCAGGAGCUUCGGAAGCGUUGUUGCGUCCUAUGAGCACUGGAGCAGAACCACACCAAGUGGCUCAGUAGAAGAGAGCUCGCUGCAGACCCCGCAGCUCCCAGGGCCCCAUCCACCCACACUGAGCUCUCUGCUGUGUACACCUGGAGUCACUGAGCUCCAAGCAGCCUCGGAGCAAAUCAACAAGAUCCUACAUGAACGGCCCAGCCCUUCCAACCCUGCCCUGCCUCUCCCUGGACUCAUCCAGGAAGGACAAAACAGUCCAGGAAGGAAAAGAAAAAGAAAUAUCUGGCCAACUCCAAAGAGACAUCAGAAAAAAAGCUGCCCAAAAGAAGCAGUGUCACCUGAGCAAGGAACCCAAGAGGAGCUCCAAGCAGUAAACCAGGGCACCCAAAUGAGAGAUGACUUAACCCAGGACUUGGAUGUGCUGGAAAGGGUCCAAGAGGCAAAGACUGACUGUGCCCAGACACCCACCCCAGAAGAGAUCAGCCAUGAGACCUCAGAAAUGAAUGAAGGGACGACACCCCAGAAGAUACCCAGCACCCCACCAAGAACUACCCAUGAGGCAGCUUCAUCUGGGCAUGGAAUCCAGGAGAAAGCCCAAGUGGUGGAUCAGGAAACUCAGAGGAAGGACAACUCCAACUCAGCCGAGGACUCAAAGAUGGACUGUGCACAGAAGGCCACAGCAGAGGAAAAACCAGAAGAUGAUGCUGUAGAUUUUCUCUCACCUACGCUGCCUGUGACCUGUGGUGAUGCCAAGGGGGUUUUAUAUAAGGAGAAGAUGCAGCAAGGUUCUUCAGAGAAGUGCAUUCAGAACGAGGAGGGAACCUGGUUCACACCCGACGAGUUUGUAAUUGAAGGGAAGAGAGAAAAGUCAAAAGACUGGAAGAAGAGCGUGCGCUGCAGGGGACAGACCUUGCGGCGCCUGAUGGAGAAAAGACUUUUGUUCUGCCCUUCAAAAAUGAAUAUGAAGCGAAAGGUCACUAGCAGGUGAAUUCCCAGCACGUUCUCCGGCUCUUGUGUCCCAGCUCCGAAGGCAACCUCAUCAGCCGCUCCAGCAUGCCGCUCCGUGCCCUGGCCUCCGUUACCACCAGUUACUGGGGACAAGGAGCCACAAGACUCCUUGAGACAAAAAUCAGGACAAGUUACUCAUGCGCAGAUCCAGCUCACAAGCCUCCCAUUACACGGGAACUUCCAGCAGAGGCCCUGGCGCAUCUGUUCUUCAGAGACUGGACUAACCUUUGCCUGCAUUCAGUUGUGUUGGUUGUAUUGUUGUUGUUGUUUUGUGCUGACCCUAAGGCUUGAACUCAAAGCCUGGGUGUUGUCCCU